AAAAAAAUGGUUGAAUGCUCAAGGCCAAUUUUUCAGAUAUCACAUGUAGCAAUCUCAUCUUCUAAUUACAUCUUUAGUCCUUAACUACACUUGAUUUUUCUUGUGUGAACUGUGUGUAGGCAAAUUUGAAUUUACAACCACAUUUAAAUAAUGCUUGUGAUGAAAAUGCCUGGAACCUUACCUACUGUAAGUACAUACUAUAUAUCCAAUCUAACCUAUUGUAAAUAUAUACUCUGUACUAUUGUAACUAUAUUCUAUGUAAUUGUGUAGCCUAACCUACAUGUAACAAUCAUAACCUGAAUUAAGUCAUUCUAAGGUGAAUCACUAAGUAUGUUUUUAAAGUUCCCAAGGCAGAUGAAACUGAGUUUCACCCAUCUCAUGUCCGGUGGUCAGCAAGGGCUCUCACCUGGUGUCACUCCAAUCCAGAUCUCCCAAUAGACACCAGCAGUUCCCUGACACACUCUUCAGGAAAAAUACCUUGAGUAUCAGUGAUUCCACAUUCCAAUACUGAGGCUUGCUGAAAGCAGAAAGAUGUGCUGAUCAAGGAUAGUUUGGUACAUCUCACUAUGGCAAACAGAUGGGGUGCAGGAAAAGGGCAGGCAUUGAUGAAGAGGGAGGGACAGAGGGAGGGAAAGGAACUGAGACUUUAUAGAACUCAGUCUGCAGACAAAACUGGUGGAACAAGAAGCAAGGUUACUUUUUCCCAGCUCCAGUACCUCCUUUUUUUAUAGAGACAGCUAUAAAUCACCAGAUAAAUUAGCUCAGAAAUGCUAACAAUAACUCAAGGUUUUAUAGUCCUGAUAAUUUUUUUGUUAAUUGUUGAGUUUUUCAGGCUGCGAAAAGCUUCCAAACAAUUCCCUCCUGGACCAACUCCCCUCCCGCUGCUUGGAAACUUGGUGCACUUGAACUUUCAGUUUCAUCGGGAUCUUCUGAUGGAGCUGGCAAAGACUCAUGGUAACAUGUACACUCUGUGGUUCGGGUGGGUCCCGGUAGUGAUACUGAAUGGAUUUCAAGCAGUGAAGGAUGGGAUGACCACACACCCUGAAGAUGUUUCUGGGAGGCUUGUGUCACCUUUCUUCAGAGCAUUGGCCAAAGGAAAAGGUAUUAUACUUGCAAGUGGUCGCUCCUGGAAGCAGCAGAGACGUUUUGGAAUAAUGACUCUGCGCAAUUUGGGAAUGGGGAAAAAAGGCCUGGAGCAUCGAGUGCAAGAGGAGGCCUCUCACCUGGUGGAGUUUUUUGUGAACCUAAAAGGAAGACCUGUGGAUCCUUCUUUCCCUCUUUUCCAUUCUAUUUCAAAUGUAAUUUGUGCUGUGGUUUUUGGAUAUCACUUCUCUGAUGAGGACAAAACCUUCCAUGAGCUGAUCUGUGCUACAGAGAAAAUAUUCAGGUUUGCAGGCAGCUUUGUUCAUCAGAUGUAUGAAAUCCUGCCCUGGCUGCUGUGUCGCCUCCCUGGGCCUCAUAAGAAGGUGUUGGCUUGCUAUGAUGUCCUGAGUUCUUUUGCAAGGACGGAGAUCAGAAGACAUGUAGAGAGAGGGAUACCAGCUGAACCACAGGAUUUCAUUGACUUUUACCUGGCUGAGAUUGAGAAAUCUAAAGAGGGGGCCAAGCCCAAGUAUGAUGAAGAGAAUUUGGUAUAUGUCAUAAAUGAUCUUUUCCUUGGUGGAUCAGAGACCUCAAGCACUACAUUAUACUGGGGACUGCUCUAUAUGGUGGUGAAUCCAGGCAUCCAAGCAAAAGUGCAGAAGGAGCUGGAUGCUGUUCUGGAUCCUUCCCAGUUAAUUUGUUACGAGGAUCGGAGAAAACUGCCCUACACAAAUGCUGUGGUUCACGAGAUUCAGCGCUACAGCAACAUUGUCUUUGUUGGCGUCCCCAGAUUGUGUGUGAGGAACACAACACUACUGGGAUUCCCUGUCAAAAAGGGCACCAUUGUUAUACCAAAUAUAGCAUCUGUUCUGUACGACCCUGAGCAGUGGGAGACACCUCGACAGUUCAACCCUGGCCAUUUUCUGGAUAAAGAAGGAAACUUUAUACCUCGAGAAGCUUUCUUACCAUUCUCAGCAGGGCACCGGGUGUGUUUGGGGGAGCACUUAGCAAGGACCGAGCUCUUCAUUUUCUUUGCCAGCCUGUUGCGGGCGUUCACCUUCCGGCUCCCUGAGGGAGUGACAGAGAUCAACACUGAGCCCAUUUUUGGGGGCACUCUGCAGCCUCACCCCUACAGGGUUUGUGCCAUUCCACGCUAGGCUGCAGCAGCCACAGGCCAGCAUGAGACAGCCACCUUUACCUCCAUGAAUUUCCUCUCAAGUGUAUAAACCUCCUGGCUACUGAUAUUAGUCUAUCCCAGCAUUAUUCAGAAAGCGGAUUCAAGCCAAGAUCCAGACUAACAGUAUUUUUUGGUCUGGUCUUUGCAAAAGUCACAGAUAUUCUCACAGGGAUCUUGGCCGUAUUCACUUCUCUGAGAACACUUGAAGCCAGAUGCUGUGGCUCCCAGCCGAAGCCAUGCUGUGUCUCCUUGUCCUGGUCAAGCAAAAUCAUCCUCAUUCUCAGACCUGAGCAAACCUCAGGAAAAUUCAACAGACUAUCUCAGCAAGAGCUGAGAAGGUGUUAUUUCUGUGAGUGGCCUGAUGACCUCAAGUGAUUUGACUGCGGAAAGCACACUAUUAAAGCUUUGUUUUGGUUUUAUUUUCCUGAACUUAGCCACUUAUUUUGUCAACAGGUUACAAAAAAAACCCAAACAAAAAUAAAACUGUCAUCUAAAUUCCAGGAAAUACAUUAGAAUGCAGGUGCCUUCAUAUCUGAAUUUGACGUUGUCUCCCAUAUACUAGGUAAAAAGUUAUUCUGAAGUUGAAGAAAGAAACUUAAAUUUAGUAUUUACAAUCAAUGUGAAAGUGUGACUUUGCAG